UUAAAGGGGUAUUUUUACUUUCAAAAAAAUCGGUUAUUUUGUUGAACAUUUUUAAACAGUGAACUUUGAAAAAAAAACAGCAGAUUAAAUAUUUACAAAAAUUGUUGUUGACGUAUAAAUUUACAAAAUUUUAAAUUUGUUUUCUUUAAUAAUAUUUUUUUUAAGAAAACACUUCUAUUUUGACUUAUUCAGUUUUAAUCUGAGAAACUCAAUAUUUUUAGGAAAUAUUUAUAACUUAGUUCUCUCUCGUCUGGCUUACAAUCAAAUAAAAAUUUCAACUUUUCCAAUUUUCAAUAAGAAAAUUUCGAAAAAGAAAGUAAAAAUAUUAAAGCGAGAAUACUCCCUUAAAACGAUUCUUACAAAUUUCGAUAUUACAAACAUAAUAUCUAAAAUUCAUUAUGCGAUUUUAAUUUCAGUUAACAAGCGAAAGUAUUGUAUAUUUCCCACCCUUUAUAGGACAUCUCCCGAGAAGUUGCCUGUAGAUACUAACAGCAUCACGCAAUUUUCCCUGACAUUUCGAUCGAGGAAGCGUUAAUCCAGCGCGGUUAGGCACUGACAAGUAGACGAACCUCGAGCGCUUUGAAAAUCCUCCGUUCAUCCAGAAUCUCAUAGAUGAUCCGCGCAACGCUAUACCAUCCCCUUCCUCGCCGUGCGAGAGAAGUUAUUCAUGAACGCUUCACGUGGAGCGAGGUUGCCCGGUCGGUCGCGGGGUAACAGGAUACGCAAGCUAUUGCUAUCGGAGUACUGUGACUUUACCGAGACGAUCCUAGUGGAGUCGCCGUUUGCGGAGACCACGAGAAACGGACGUGGAAUCCGUCAGGUCGCCCUCGGUCUCACGUCGACCAAGCUGAUCGUUGCCGCCGACGUCAUCCAAACCAAUCCCAGUUUCUUUUGCCCAUCUAGUAUCGACACCAGUAUUGAAAGCUUUGAACUCGUGUCCAUAUAUCCCUUAGAAUAUGUUACGCUCAGCGUGUUCCGGAGGAGACGUCGUAGAACUCUGAAGGCAAGAUUCGUUGAUGGUCGAGCUAAUUACUACGAGCUCGGCGGUGCGCGGCGCAAAGUUUCUUGGAGAAUCUGGUGCGAACAUGUACGAAGAUUACUGGCAUCUAAGGCAGAUGGUAGCUCGUUGUCCGAAACGACUGCGGCGAGCUCGUCGAGCAGUAGCGCCCUGUAUUUACUGUCAUCCGAGAUUGAAGUCAAGAAUAAUCGCGACGUGAGACGCAAGAGAUCGAUAUUCAAAUGGCAACCGGUAGUAUGUAAUCAUUACGGAGGUGCCGGCGACUAUAUUACUCCCACGUGGACCGAGAAGGACUUGUACCUCGGACCGUCUUAUAACGAAUUGAUGAACGGCCAUUAUACACCGGUCCCAGUGAGAUUCGCCGGAGCAAGCCUGGAGGAUCUCAGAUACGAACUGGAUGAUCACACGCGUUACAUCGCCUACGAGAAAUCCUGUCACAGCUGGCCGUGUCAGACGAGGUCCGGUGGUCCGGCGAGAUUGCAACGCGCUGGUGGGCUCUGCAAUGUUCUUUUCGCAAGAAACCGCAACGUACGUCGUGGUGAUUACACCGCGAGUUACAAAAGUUCGCCUUGCAACAUGUGCCAACUGGACAGUAGCGUUGGCAUUAAUAUUCUUGGAAAGCACAGCCGAUGUCACGAGCACCGGAGGAUGCUCUUCGAAGACGAUUUCGUAGAGCACGUAGAAAAGAAAUACGGAAAACGCCAACAGCAAAACCAGAAGGAACCGAGAGGAUCUUUAAAGUCGAAGAUAUCGCGUUUCGGUCUCGGAGUGCCAGAGAAAUGCAAUUCCGAAUUGAUUCUGGGUCCCUAUCGCGGUGACUCUGGCUACGUCGACGUCGUCGAUCCUCGCAAGCUGCUCGAGAACGGCGUGACGGUCUGGGAGGACAAUUGUCGAUCCUUGAAGGGUCAGAGGCAUCCGCGGAGAUACGGCUUUUCUUCGGCGGCGCAUUUCUUACACGCCCUCGGACCGUGGUCGGUAGAGCCUGGUGAGCGGGAAUCCGUGCAGACUCACAGAUCACCGAGCGCAGUCAAUAUCCAUAAACAGCCCUCAGACCCAGAGCUAAGACUUCCGGUCUCGCGCCGUCAGUUAACAGCCAGCGUCUCCUGCGCCGCCUUGACAUCUGGAGCAUCUAACAUCAUUGGUGCCGUCACCAGAGGACGAGUAAUACUCUUCUGGACGCCAGAAUAUUGGUACAGGCCUCAGGCAGCGGCGACUGUGUACAGAGAGCUGAGGCAUCACUUGGCGUCUCUCCAGAACUUUCGACGCGAGAAGGAGAGACAGACAAGAAGAAAGUUUUUCUGUCGACGAAAGAAUAGGCUCUCAGGCGAAACCGACAAUUCCGAGGCUGCGAUUACGGGGAAAUCCAGCAGUCUCUUGAACCGCAUGCUUUCCAUCAACGGCGCGUGCAAACGAGACGGAAAGACGAAAGAGAAUGUCGACGAGGGCACGGCGCAAUUACGGAGAUUGUUAAGGAUGAACUUUCGCAUAACCAUCUGGGACUUGGACAGCACUACCCUCGCUACGCAACUCACAUCGAUCGAUCGCGAUCUCUUCGUUCGUAUCCCCGCGACCGAGAUCGAGGCGCUGAUCUAUCAAAGAUCGUCGCGGAACGCGCCGAAUCUGGGCGCGUGGAUCGCCUUCAGCCAUCGCAUCGCCUGCCUGACCAUCAGCGAGAUUCUCGCGAUCAAGCAGCUCGACAUGAGGACCAGGAUCAUAGCGAGAUUUAUCAACGCUGCCGACAAGUGUCUUGCGCUCGGUAAUUUUCAGUCCUGCAGAUCCAUCCUGGCCGGUUUGCAGGCCCCGCCGAUUUACAGGCUCCGGAAAAGCUGGUCCUACCUGAGAAUUCAUCACGCCAGCAGGUACGCGGCGAUGGAGAGGCUGUCCAAGAUUUACAAGAGCCCACGUUGUUCGAAGUAUCAAAGACUCUGGGCCGCAGCAAAACGCAAUCCACCUUACAUGCCGUAUGUUGGCCACUUUCUGAUCAAGGUUCUGGGAUUAAACGGUCUGAGAGAAAUUCAAGCAGACUUUGUACCGUCCUCCACAAGGAGACAAUCAGCUAUGCGAAUCGGCGAGGCUUCGGAAUCCUUAUCUAUUAAUAAUAACUUCAACAAUUUUCACUCAGAUGACAAGAAUCUAAUAGAAUCUAAGCAAUCUCUAGCUAAACGUAUUCUCGCAGCGACGCUGGCCAGAAUAAAGUUCACUGCGCGCCAAAACAUCGCUGACGAAACCAAAGACGAAGUUUGGACUUGCAGAGAGCGAUACCUCAUGCGCAGAUUUUUCCAUCGUUGGCGCGUGAUCGCGUUAGAGACGAAAAUACGGUUGGAAAAUGAGAGAAAAUUGAAGAACGUGGACUCAAGGAGAAGACGUAUCCUCAAUAUUGCGACAUGGUUAACGGACUGCCAGAGAUUCGCGUUGAGCUACAAUUUCCCGUUGAACUCGUUCGCGUGCGAGUAUCUUUUGAAAGCGCGCUACAGGGAGGACCGCGAGAACUUUUUCAUCAGCCUCAAAUUGGAACCACCGAGGAAAACUUGAAUCCAAAACAUCGAUUUUGAUCGAGAUUACAUUAUUGGCGAUCGAUGUGCAAUUGCCAAUUCUAAUUAUCGUCGCGUGUUCAACGACAGUUCUCGACAGAAUUAUUUCAUUAUUUCGAGAACAAAGCAUAUAAGGUAAAAUAUUGACAUAUUGGGAAGCUGCGCCAAUUGUUCACCCAUAAACAUUCUCUUUAGGAUAAUGGCGUACUGGACCAUUCAGUAUUAUAUGCAUAUGAUUUAUUCAGAAGUGCUUUUAUUCGCGAAAUACCAUAUCUACAUGCGCUUUGUAUGAUUAUUAUUGCUAUAACACUUUAAUAAAUAUAAGCCUUUGGAUAUUGUCUCAUAAAUAUUAAGUACUAAUUGGUACUUUAUGCACUUCUAAUUUGUUAAAAUUUUUUUCGUCUGGGAAAGGGAAGGAAUUAAGACGAUUUCUUUAUCACCGUUUUAUUCCGAACAUAGUGUAUACAAUUGUUAUUUUACACGUAUUAUAUGUAUAAUACGUGUAGACAUAUAUAUACACAUGUAUAUUAUAUAUGUAUAUAUAAAUCUAUAUACAUAUAUAUAAACAUACAUAUAUUUCUCUAUUAAAGUUCUCAGUCGUAAACUUAAAAAAAGAGUGUAUUACAACAGUCAGAAAAGUGAAUCUCUGAAUUGAUAGGUACCAGAUUCUGACUAGAUAACAAUGCAGUUUUGUGUAUGUACAGUAAUGAAAUAUAAUGAAAUAUCUACGUCAUUAAUUUAAAAGUAAAGAUAUAGAAUAA